UUGACAUGUGAAUGUAACCUAACCUUACAAAGAUUUUUUGCCAAUUUGAAGAAUUUUUGUUAUUAAAUUGAAUCGGUAACAUUUUACCUUAUAAAUCAUCUCUACCUACGUUGUUUAUGUUUAGUUACUACCGUACGUUUAUGUGUGGUGUACCUAAGUUUUGAUACUUAGAAGAAAAUGAUUAUGAGAACUAUACUCGGUGUUUAUCUUUACAAAAAUAAUAGCAAAUAUUUCUUCUUUUUGCCAAGAUAUUCCAGCAAUGUAUGUUCAACACAACAUUCGCAACAAUUAACUGAAACUUAUUCAGGCCAUAAUGUGCUGCAAAAGGUUGAUAGUGAUUUGUCUACUGUAGCUCCAUAUCUUUCAAAUACUUUUAAUCUGGCUGCCUAUGUAAAUAAUUCACAGAUAUUACAAAACUUUAUAAAUCUUAAUGUGAACUUGAGUAAGAUAGAAAAGAAACCCUUCAUUGCUGAAAAGUUAUUGAAACUUAACUUUGAUGCUAUAAAGAAUCACAUUUUAUUUAUCAAAGAUCAUGCUGGAAUUGAUAAUAUUGGCAGUUUCAUUACUGUCAAUCCAAUGAUUUUCUUUGAACCAUUAGAAGACUUGAAAGUGAGAAUAAAUUAUUUACAAUCAAAACGAUUUCAUGAUGAUCAAAUAAAUAGAAUAAUAACAAAGAAUCCAUUUUGGAUUAUGUUCAGUACAAAAAGGAUUGACAGAAGGUUGGGUCAUUUUCAAGAUAAAUUUAAGUUAACUGGCAGUGAACUUAGAAUGUUAGCAUCAAAGCAGCCCAAGUUGAUUACAUAUAAUCUACAUCAUGUAAAAACAAAUUCAUUUGUAAUUAAAGAAGAAAUGGGAUUUGAGGAUAAUGAAAUAAAAUGUUUACUUCUUGAUAAACCAAAAUUGUGGAUGAUAGAUCAAAAGUCACUACUACAUAGAUUCAAUUACAUUCACAAUACAAUAAAAAUUCCUCAUACACAAAUAUUAAAUAAUCCUGGUAUACUACUAUGUAGAAACUUUAGAAUUAAACAGCGACAUCUUUUUCUGGAGAAGUUGGGAAGAGCUCAGUAUGAUCCAAAGAAAGAGAACUAUGUACCAAUUAUAGCAUUAGCAGAAAAUACAGAUAUAGAGUUUUGUAAAGCUUUUGCAAAAUGUAGUGUCUCAGAUUUUAACACUUUCUUAAAAACAUUGUAA